GCAAGAAUCAGCUUCCAAAAACUCGUGUGUGUUGUCGUCCGUACUACUUGCAACGUGAAAUCCGCCGUACAGCCAUCCACCCGUUUUCCCAAUCAGUUGUUCUGUGAACACUCAGACACGUGCUUCAAGAUGGGACCCCCGCAAGAUCACUCAUACAAGAGGCGGCGCAUUGAGGCCGACGAGACUCCUAAUUCCGGACGCCAACCAUCUUCCCUCAGCGCAGCAUCUGCCAAGCCAGCACGUUUCAAGCCUACCGCCGCGAGAGAUUGGACCAUCUCAGUCGCGGUACCUACUAGUGUCAUCACCGAUUGCGUAACUCGUGAGCAAAGGACAACAUGGGCAGGCCGUAUUGCGAGAGCCUGCGCGGUUUUCUCUGUCGACGAGAUUGUCAUAUACGACGACAGCCCGGUCGAGUCUCGACCUGCAAGCACCGAUCACGAAGGCUAUACCGGCGAUGUGGACCCCGCGCACUUCCUCGAGCAUCUCCUCAACUACCUCGAAACACCGCCCUUUAUGCGCAAGCUCCUGUUUCCCAUGCACCCGAAUCUCAGGUCCCAGGGUUUGCUUCCGAACCUCGACAUGCCACAUCAUCCGUAUAAGGGCGAAUGGAUGCCGUAUCGCGAAGGCUUGACACUGGAGGCUCAACCCAAGGGUGGCAAGGGAACCGUUGUCGAUAUUGGCCUCGAAGACACAGUCACCAUUGAUGAGGAGCUCCCUCCCAAGACACGAGUUACGUUGAAGAUGCCCGUGGGCGAGUACGGAUCACCAGAACCUGUCCAUCCCGCGGUUCCCAGGACCGAAGGCGGUUACUUCUGGGGUUACACAGUUCGCAAGGCCGCGACACUCUCCGAUGUGUUCACCCAGAGUCCUUACGAAGAAGGUUACGAUUUGAGCAUCGGUACAUCAGAGCGUGGACAGUCCCUGCACAGAGCUUUUCCUGAGCACAAGGAGGCCAACUUUACCCAUCUUCUCGUCGCAUUCGGCGGUCCGCGCGGCCUCGAAUACGCUGCCAUGAAUGACCCCGAGUUGAGCAAGAUUGGCAUUCAUGGUCCCCGUACGAAGGAGCUGUUCGAACACUGGGUGAACGUCUUGCCCAACCAGGGUAGCAGAGGUAUCAGGACUGACGAGGCUAUGUUGAUAGCCCUCACCGGCCUCAGGAGAUUGUGGGAUAACAGCUGAUCGGACUACUAAGGCUUUUGUUUUCAAGAUUUUAGCGUUAAUAACGACAUACCCAUUGCAGCUGAAAGGAAAGAUCAUAUUUUCCAGAAAUUGAUCCAGUAUUGUCGACAUACAUGAUGAGAGCGUGCCGGUAGCUAGAGGGAUGGGUAAUUCGACCGGUCAUCGACACUUCUUGAAAGCUACUGAAGUUUGAGCAAGGGGACGCAAGCAAGCCACUCAUGCUGAAGGAUGCAUGAAGAACCGAAAACUAACGAGAUAUAUUGAGCCGCAAAAAUAAGAGACAGGGAGUGUGUCUUUGGGCAUACUGAUGGCAAACUAGGGCCACAUAUUACACGUAUCGUCUGCUUAGGUGAAGCUGAAGAGUCGUGUAUAUAGUAAGGACACAGAAACCCGAAGCAGGAGAAUUUCAUCUUUGACGCAGUUGAG